AUGCCGGAGCCCGUCGUCGCACCCCACCGGGCCGGCGGCUGGCUGCCGCUCGACGGCAACAUCAUGGUCGCCUGGCUUCGGCGGCUCGUCGAGGACGUCGACGGCCGUGGCGAGGUCCCGGCGCUCGCCAACGAGGUGGACGACCUCCGGAAGCUCAUCGACAGCCGUGCCGACCUGCGCAUGCUGGCCUCGGCCAUGCUCGACGAGGUGCCCGCCAAGGCGCCGUACCUCGACGACCCCGUCGGCAACAGGCAGAUCCGCCACGUCGGCCACCUGCUCGAGCUCUUCAGCGUCAUCAUGACGGAAAAGGCCCCCGAGUGGAGCCAGAGAGGCUGCGACGUCGGCCUCAUCGGCUUCCCCUUCAACGCGCUCCUCGACUGGCCCAUGGCGACGCCGAGCGGCUACGCCUUCUUCCUCAUGCCCGAGGUCAACGCGAGGCUCCGGGCCAUCCUCGACGCCUGGCGCGACGAGCUGCUCGCCACGCCGGCCUCGCGGUACGUGCUCACGGCCGACGAGAACAUGUGGCUCGGCGGGCCGGCGCUGAGGGCCAUGGAGAGGGACGGCAACCUCGACGGCGGCUCCCUCCCCUUCGACCGGCUCUUCCGCUGCGACCCGACGGCCGACCACUGGGGCUUCCGCUCCUGGGACGACUUCUUCGCUCGCCGCUUCAGGGACGUCGACGCGCUGCGGCCCGUCGCGUCGAGGGACGACGCGGCCUGCGUCGUCGCCGCCUGCGAGUCGAGGCCGUUUGCGCUGCGGUCCAACGUCGGGCGCCGCGACGGCUUCUGGCUCAAGGGCCAGCCGUACUCGCUCGACGAGAUGCUCGACGGCCAUCCGUGGGUCGGCGAUCUCGUCGGCGGCACCGUGUACCAGGCCUUCCUCGGCGCCACGUCCUACCACCGCUGGCACUCGCACGUGGCGGGCACCGUCGUCAGGACCGAGCUCAUCGCCGGCACCUACUUUUCCGAGCCGACCAUGGCCGGCUUCUACGACGACGAGGGGCCGGAUCCGGCCGGGCCGGGCCUCGCGCAGGGGUACAUUGCCCACGUCGCGACGCGGGCCAUCUUCUACAUCGAGGCCGACGAGCCUGUCGGCCGGACCGUAUUCGUCGCCGUCGGCAUGGCCGACGUGUCGACGUGCCGCAUCCACAAGAGGUUCAGGACCGGCCGGCCGACGCGCGUGGACAAGGGCGAGGAGAUUGGCAGCUUCCACCACGGAGGCUCGACGCACUGCUUGAUCUUCCGCCGGGGCCUGGACAUGGACUGGGUCGACGAGGCCAAGAUUGGCCGCUCGGACAGGAGCAUGGCGGUUCGAAGCAAGCUCGCGACGGUCCGGGCGGCGACGUAG